AUGGUUGCACACGGCGUGAUUUCGGCUUCAUCAGCACGAGAGCUUUUACAAGUUCAGGGCAAAGGUACAAACGGAAUUGAGAAACUCCUGGAUCUAUUGGGUUCUGAAUGCGACACUCCACAACAUUACACCCAGGACGCAAAGUUGGUCUUGUUGACAAACGCCUUGCGAAGUACGGGCCAACAUGCCUUAGCGAGUCGACUAGACUGUGGCCGGAAAAUCAAACCCGCGCCGCCUACUGACGCGAAACUCGACAGCAACGAGUAUGGUUGUGGUUCUGGUCUAAAAAUUGUUGUCUUAUCUUUUGGUGGCGUGCUGUUGGAACCGAUACCCUGCAUAAUUCGCCCAUUACGGUUCGACGCCACCUUCCAGUUAUUCUGUGGUGGCCUACGGCGGAAUGAUACGCACUAUUUCGAGCUAACAGAGGUCAGUUCGUGUUGCUGGACUGGACUAGUCAUUAGUGCACCCUCCGACCUGGUUGUGCGAUUUUUUGUGCCGGUCGCCGUGACCAAUCCGCCCGAUUUUGGCGGUCCUGAAACCGGCACACCGUGCGCCGUGGCUCGGAGCCCCUUCAAAGCGCGGGCUACAGACGGCGUGAUCACAGCUGUUUGCAAUCUAUCAAAAAAUGGUGCCGUCCGCCAAGCCUCCUCCUCCGCCUCCAUUUGCCGAUUUCGCCCUGAUUGUGGAAACUCGCUCCUCGUCCUUGUGGCCGUCGACGCUGCGCUGUUUAGCCCCGGUGACUCAUUUUUUUGGAGUGGAAGGGCAGGGGACAAGACUCGAGCACCUGUAUCUUCAGGUUACGCGCGCCACAACGGCUGUCUAUUAUUGGCGUACUACGAUGGGGCAGAUGCCGCAGGCGGUCCGGCCUCUCCAACUCUCCGUCGAAGGGGUCAGCUCAGUCUGUGGGUGCAGGUUGCCGCGAUUCGACUUAGUCCCGUCUACUACGAACAGCUCGUUCCACCGCCGUCGCCACCGCAGCGUCGCAAGAAGCGUUUGGUUCCUCUCACCAACGCCACCUUGGAGGACGGAGUCGUUGUACAAAACCUCAUGGAAACGUCCCACGGUGCCUACUUUUGGAUAGACCUGAGAAGUUCCUCCGUCAAACCCCUGUCUCCUGAGCACGUGACGUCGACGCCUCUGUGUGAGACUUCCACGCUGAAAUCGCAAGAGAGCGCUGUUUCGCGUUUCUUGUGUUUCGUGUGCUGUGUCAGGAAGCGUCAUAAGCAGAGUGCGCAACAGCCCCCGCCACCCACUGGCACAAUCGAUGGACCCCGCGCCUCUGUUGACUACCGUCUUCCCUCCUCGGUACUUCCACUUUCCCCCCCGACCCAGUCGAUAAAGGAGGCAACACCGGAGCCUCCGAAGGUCUCCAAGGAGCGCGAACAAGAGGAGCGUCUCCGCCGCAUGAAACUCGCCAUCCUCGAUGCCAAAUCGAGUGACUUCUACGCCGGCCUGGCCAACCCCUUGAGUGAUGCCGUGGUCAAGUUCCUGGAGCAGACCCUGGGCGUCCUGGUGCUCGGAGCACGAGUGGAGAGUCGCUGUCCCGUCGACUGUCUCCCACAGGGCCUCCUUCAGCCGCUCUCCGCCGCUGCGACAGUCUCGAUCGUUGCAACCACCUGCGAGGCGCUCGAACGGUUGCAUGCGGCGGUAACUCUGCUGCCCCAGGAGAACUCCCACCUGCCCCCAUCCAGCGCCCUCUCAACCGCCCUGGAGUCCAUCUUCCGGCAGGAGGUUGGCUUCCUCGAGAGCAUCGAUAUUCAAGACGUUCGACUUAGUGUUGGCCUGCAAGAAGAAGAGGUCAAACUCGCUGCCAAUGAGCUGGCGGAGUGA